CGCCAUCUAUAUUGCUUGGAUCCAUAUUCUCAAAAUCAAUUAGCCCAAAAACUAUCCAUCUCUCUCUCUCUCUCUCUCUCUCUGUUGGAGUUUCAAAGGGCAUAAAUAAGGGACAAGCGAAGACCCAAAAGUCUACCACAAAUCAGAUCCCAUAAACCUAAACCAAUUUAAACUUUUUCUUCUUUCUUCCUCCUUCUCCUUCUUCUUCCUCUUCUUAGUCUCGCUGCUGUUAUUCUGUCAUGUCUAAUGAAACAAAAGAUCUAUACAGCUACCCAUAUGCUUCAUCGUACCUGUUCGAGGAUGAUCAUAGUUACAACCACAAGAUCAUCAACCCUCUUGAUCAUCAUUUGGUUUCAGGGCCUUCGGCCUUUGGAAACAAUAUCUCACAAGGGUUCGAUCCAUCUUCUUACACGACACUAAGCUUCACCGACUGUCUCCGGAGUUCACCGACAGCGUACGAGUCGCUCGAGAAGGCUUUCGGGUUGUCUCCCUCUUCCUCCGAGGUUUUCUCUUCCAUCGAUCAAGGGAAUGUUUCUCACCAGAAGGGUAGUAAUAUUGGUGCAACUACUGAGAGCACGACUAGGGUUUCUGUCUCUUCUAACUCUUCGAGUGAAGCCGAUCGUCCCGAUGAAGAUUCCGGCAGAAGCCGCCGGAAGAGGGAGGCGGUGACCGGAGGAGGUGAAGAAGACCAUGGUGGAGAAAAUUCCAAGAAAAUAGGUAAAGCCAAGAAGAACGAGGAGAAGAAGCAAAAGGAACCGCGCGUAGCGUUUAUGACUAAGAGCGAAGUCGACCAUCUCGAAGACGGUUAUAGAUGGAGAAAAUACGGUCAAAAAGCCGUCAAGAACAGCCCUUAUCCCAGGAGUUACUACAGAUGCACGACGCAGAGGUGCAACGUGAAGAAACGAGUGGAGAGAUCGUACCAAGAUCCGACAGUUGUUAUUACAACCUAUGAGGGUCAACACAACCACCCGAUUCCGUCCAAUCUCCGAGGAAGCUCCGCCGCCGCCAUGUUCUCCACCGCAUCUUAUUACUCAUCCGCCGAUCCCAGAACCCUAGCCCACGAUUUCUUGAGGACGUCGUCGGCUAAUUACUCCGGCGGAAAUCUCGGCGGCGGAGGUGCGGCGGUGCUGAUGCAUGGGUAUGGUCAAAGUCAAAGUCAAAGCGGUGGUGGUAAUAACAGUGUGAACGUAAACCCUAGUUCUCAACAACACGCGGGGUACCUACAAGGCAGUGAUUAUGAGCUUUUGAAGGAGAUCUUUCCUUCUUUCUUCAAGCACGAGCCUUGAUGAUAUUUACUUUCUAUAUACACAUCAUGUAUUCAUAUACAUACAUAUAUAUAGAGAUAAAUAUGAAAGGAGACUUUCGAUAUAUAUAUAUAUAUGUGUGUGUGUGUGUAAUGUUUUCUUUUUUGUUUCUUUUUAGCGUGUAGAUAUAUAAUUAGCUGGAAGAGGAGGGGAAAAAAACUUGUGUUAGGAUUUUGAUUAUCUUGAGAGGAUUCUCCCCACUUUUUUUAUUUUAUGAUUUUUUUUUCCUUUUAUGGGCAUUUCAUCUGCAUGGUAUCA